AUGGAUCCACUGCAUCUCAACAUCGCUAUCGUCGCUUUUGCGGUCUUCGCCCUCGUAGCGUUGGUCCUGCUUCUUUCCUCGAAGCGACUGAAGGUCGAUAUGGAUCACGGCGUGUUCACCUACAUUAAAUUUAUCUAUGCCAACUUUCUAAAGCCCCACGACAAGAGAGCAGCGGGUCAACAAGACGCGCUUGAGAGCUUCUACAGAACCCAGGCCAGUGUCUACGAUGCGACCCGCCAUCGUCUCCUCCGCGGUCGUGAGGAUAUGCUCGGUCUGGUGGCUGCGCAGCUCAAGAAUCAGGUCGAGAGCAAGAAGAUUCAGAGUGGGAAGGCAGUCUGGGUUGAUGUCGGCGGUGGCACUGGGUACAAUAUUGAGGCCAUGUCAGCUUUUGUCCCCGUGAAUAAGUUCUUCGACCAAGUCUACCUUGUCGACCUCUCCCCUUCCCUUUGCGAAGUCGCACGUCAACGGUUUGAGCGCCUGGGCUGGAAAAACGUCAAGGUUCUCUGCCAGGAUGCCCGUUCCUUCAGCCUUCCCGUGAGACAGAUCGAUCCGAAGUCAAUUGGAAGUGCUACUACGGACCGGGUGGACCUGAUUACCAUGAGCUACAGUCUUUCUAUGAUUCCUGACUACUACAGUGUUGUCGACUCUCUUACAUCCCGCCUCACUUCAAAUGGCUUGCUUGGAGUAUGCGACUUCUACGUUCAAAAUAUCGUUGACGUCUCCUGUCGCAACUACAUUGGUGGCGCAUUCAAUCGCCACGUCAAUUGGCUCGGCCGUAUCUUCUGGCGUGCUUGGUUUGACUUUGACCGUGUCAAUCUCGAGGCUGCUCGUCGGGACUACCUUGAAUACAAGUUUGGAACCGUAAUUUCUGCCAGUGAUCGUAACUAUCUUCUCGGUGGUAUCCCCUUCUAUAUCUUCAUUGGCUGCCCAAAGGAGAUUGAAUCGACGCCAUCAAGCAGAGACACCAUCGAGAAGCUUGACGCUACUUUCACUGAGUCUCCUUACUUGUCCCCAAUGAACCACAAGCUUGAACGUCAACAAGCCGUCGAGCAAAGCACCCGUGAGGUUCGCUCCAAGGCGUACGAGUCUGCUGUGAUCAACUUGAGCGCCAACCUACCCCUUCCAUCUUCGUUCUACCAAAACCACCACUACCGUAUCUACUACAAUGACAUGCUCCCCAAGCAUACCCAGUUUCAAAAUGAGUAUAUCUAUGCUUUCACCUGGGAAGACCCUCGUGUUGAUCACCGCCUCCUGAACAUCAACUCCGAUGAUGUGAUCCUAGCAAUCACCAGUGCCGGCGACAACAUCCUGGACUACUUGCAGAAGGGCCCCAAGCGAGUUCACGCUGUUGAUUUGAACCCCAACCAGAACCAUCUCCUCGAGCUCAAGGUGGCGAGUUAUCUUGCCCUGGGCCACCGUGAUAUGUGGAAGAUCUUUGGUGAAGGAAAGCACCCUGAUUUCCGCAACUUGCUUAUAUCUAAGCUUAGCCCACAUUUGUCUAGCCAGGCGUUCCAGUACUGGCUUCAGCAUUCCCAUGUCUUCACUAACAUCAAGGGCCACGGUCUAUAUGAGACUGGUGGCUCUCGCCACGCCAUUCGUAUGAUUCGCUAUCUGCUCAAUAUCUUUGGACUUCGGAGCCAAGUGGAUAAGCUUUGCGAGGCGCAGACUAUUGCCGAACAGCGCGCCAUUUGGCCCAAGAUUCGCAGCAUUCUCCUGAGCAAACCCUUGAACUGGGCUAUUGUUAGCACCGAAUGGUUCGCUUGGAAAGCUGCUGGUGUUCCCCGCAACCAGCGUAACAUGAUUGUCGACGACUACUUCCGUCGGAAUGGUCUUACUUCAGAUAUGAAGCAGAACAAGGAUGUCAGCGGCCAGUCCAUUUGGGAAUAUGUGGUUAACACUCUGGAUCCCAUUGUCAAGGACACCCUUAUCAGUACUGAUAACUAUUUCUACUACCUUUGCCUCCGAGGCCACUUCUCUCGACGUUGUCAUCCUACCUAUCUCUCGCCCCAAGCCCAUGUGCGCCUCUCUACCCCUGGUGCUUUCGACGGCCUUCGCAUCCACACUGAUGAGAUCAAUGAGGUUAUCAACCGCAUUACUCCUGGUACUUUGACCAUUGCAGUGAUCAUGGACUCUAUGGAUUGGUUCGACCCCGAGGAAGAUGCUGCCAUCGCUCAGGCUUGCCGCCUCAAUCAUGCCCUCAAAAAGGGCGGCCGUGUUCUUCUCCGCUCCGCAAGUAUUGAGCCAUGGUAUAUCAAGCACUUUGAAGACAAUGGUUUCAGCGCAGAGCGUGUUGGUGCCCGUUUCCCUGGUACAAGUAUUGACCGUGUCAACAUGUAUGCCUCAACUUGGAUCUGCACGAAAAUCCAAGAUGUUGACCCCACAAAGAACGGACGAUCAAUGUCUGCUCUCUCCCUCAGCGAUAACACCACUGUCAAGCGCAGCAGCAGCGUGGAAGACCUCCAGAUUUGA